UGGACAUAAAGUAAGUUGAACCAAGAGGGAGUAGUAACAAUCCCAAUACUCAGCACGUUUAGAAUGGCCGCAACAAUUUCUGCAAAAUGGAGAAUAUCAUCAUCAACAUGGUUGAAUUUGAGCCAAAAUUUCAACCCGAAAUUCCGAGCUCAGCGCUGCAAUCGGAGCUUCUUCCUACCUGCUUUCGCCGCCAAUCACUCAUGCCGCCGCCACUUUCCUCCAAAGCCCUCUUCAUUUCCAAUGGCUAUGGCCAAUUUCUCCUCCGCCGCCUCUGCCCACCGCGCUCGCCUCCGGGGGGUAAUCUUCGACAUGGACGGAACUCUGACAGUACCUGUCAUCGAUUUCGCCGCUAUGUAUAAAUCCGUGCUUGGCGACGAGGAUUACGCGAGAAUCAAAUCUCUAAACCCAUCGGGAAUCGAUAUCUUGCACAUAAUUCAGAGUUGGGCACCGGAGAAGCAGCGGAGGGCGUAUGAGGUAAUCGCCGAUUUCGAACGCCAGGGAAUCGAACGCCUGCAAAUUAUGCCCGGUGCUGCAGAGCUUUGUACAUUUCUUGAUUCCAAGAACAUAAGGAGGGGACUAAUCACUCGUAAUGUAAAGGAAGCUGUUGAUAUUUUUCAUCAGCGUUUUGGUUGGACAUUUCAUCCAGCAUUAAGCAGGGAAUUUGGUUCAUAUAAACCAAAUCCCGCUCCACUACUUCAUAUCUGCUCAUCUUGGGACGUCCUACCUAACCAAGUCAUUAUGGUUGGCGAUAGCCUCAAAGAUGAUAUUGGAUGUGGCAAGCAAGCCGGAGCGUUCACAUGUUUGCUAGACGAAACGGGAAGGUACAACUCGGAGCAUUACGCCAACACGGAUCUCGAACCAGAUUUUAAAGCAUCUACGCUUGGUGAAGUUCUUCAUCUUUUGAAGGCGAAUUUUGAGUUGACACCAUGAUCCCAGCUCUUGGAGAUGGUAGAAGAUGUAUUGAUGGAUUUCAUGAAAAAGAAAAAAUAAGUUCCGAAGUUGGUUUGAGUGAUUAGGAUUUUACUUGAAAGUUGAGUCAUUUGUAGAACGAAAAGAAGAGAUGGGAAUCCUUCUACGACAAAUGUAUCAAUAAAAAUAUUUAAACUAAUAAUUUUAUC